GGCGCCGUGGAGCAGCAGCGGAACCCAGAUCGGCGCGCGGAUCGUCGGGCUUUGCGCCGCACACCGGGACCGAGCCGUCAUGCGGGCGCAAAGAGCACAGUGCGCCGUUUCUGUGGCGCUGUUUUACAUCCUGGAGCCGGCUCUGGUGUUCGCCUUCAACCUGGACCCCGAGCAGGUCCUGAGGAAGGACGGGGAGCCCGGCAGCCUGUUCGGCUUCUCUGUGGCUCUGCAUCGGCAGCUCCAGCCCGAUCACAGGAUCUUGUUGAUUGGUGCACCCAGAGCCAGAGCGUUGGGCAACCAGAGAGCCAACAUCACAGGCGGCCUCUUUAAGUGUGAAAUCACACCAUCCACUCAGUGUGAGCGCAUUGAGUUUGAUCAUGAAGAGGACAAAAGCGUAGAGAACAAGGAGAAUCAGUGGAUGGGCGUGACCGUUCAGAGCCAGGGACCAGGCGGGAAAAUUGUGACAUGUGCUCAUCGCUACCAGAGGCGCUUUUUUGUUGACACGCCGCAGGAAUCCCAUGACAUCACAGGGCGCUGCUAUGUUUUGAGUCAGGAUCUGACCAUUGAUAGGUCAUUUGACGAAGACGGGGGAAGCUGGAAGUUCUGUGAGGGCAGGGCCAGAGGCCACGAGAGGUUUGGGUUUUGCCAGCAGGGUGUGGCUGCCACCUUCACCAAGGACUACCAUUAUGUCAUGUUUGGUGCACCAGGGGCUUAUAACUGGAAAGGGACUGUACGGGUAGAGCAAAAGAACAACACUUUGCUGGACAUGGGGCUGUAUGAUGAUGGUCCUUAUGAAGUUGGAGAUGAGAAAAUACUGAAUGAUGAUCUAGUACCUGUACCUGCCAACAGCUACCUAGGAUUCUCCCUUGAUUCGGGACACAGCAUCACCAGGGGCCGUGGCCUAACAGUGGUGGCCGGAGCUCCCAGAGCCAACCACAGUGGCGCAGUGGUCCUGUUAAAGAAGCAGAGCGACUCCAGACUCUCCGAGGAAUACACGCUGCACGGGCCGGGACUGGCUUCUUCGUUCGGAUAUGACGUAGCUGUGGUUGACCUGAACGGUGAUGGUUGGCAAGAUGUAAUUGUUGGAGCUCCUCAGUUCUACGUGAAAGACGGAGAUAUUGGAGGAGCUGUUUACGUCUACAUCAACCAGGCAGGAAAGUGGGAAAACAUCACCCCCAUCCGCCUGAACGGGACCACAGACUCCAUGUUUGGACUGGCUGUGGAAAACAUCGGCGAUAUUAAUCAAGACUCAUACGAAGAUGUUGCAGUUGGAGCUCCAUAUGAUGACGGCGGGGCAGGAAAAGUCUACAUCUAUCACGGGUCUGCCCAAGGAAUCAACAUUAUUCCUUCACAGGUGCUUUCUGGAAAGCAGCACAACAUCCAGUUUUUUGGAUAUUCUCUGGCAGGCAACAUGGACUUGGACCAUAACAAUUACCCAGAUUUGGCUGUGGGAUCUCUAUCAGAUGCAGUGUUUAUUUACAGAGCACGGCCAAUCAUCAGCAUAAAUAGAGAUGUCAUCGUAUCACCAAAGGAAAUCGACUUUACCAAAAAAACCUGUGGUAAUGGCAUUUGUUUCACUGUGGAAGCCUGUUUCUCCUAUACAGCAAAGCCUGCGUCCUACAACCCAAGGCUCACUCUCAACUAUUCUGUUGAGGCAGAAGAAGAUCGAAGGAAGCAAGGGCUGACCUCAAGAGUGAUGUUUCUGAACUCAUCCCACACUGAAAGAGACUAUCAGUUUAAUGGCACAUUUGACCUCCGUGGGCAAAACAAGAGGACGUGCAUCCAGAUAAAAGCCAAAGUGAAGGACAGUAUUAAGGACAAACUGCACAGCAUUCCGAUUGCAGUGUCUUUUGGAAUUGUGGGUGUGAAGCGACACAAGAGGCAGCACGCUGUACCUCAACUUGUACCGAUAUUAGACAACACUCAAACAGCCAGCGUCAUCACUGAGGUCAGUUUUGUGAAGGAGGGGUGUGGGAGUGACAAUAUUUGCCGAAGUAACCUGCAGCUGCAGUACAAAUUAUGCCAGAAAAAAGCCAACCAGGAUGUGUUCGUCCCAUUGCCCGUUGAGAACGGCGUCCCCGUCUUUUCUCUGAAUGACCAGAAGAAGGACUUAGCUGUGCAGGUGACAGUGAAGAACAAAAAUGGAGACGACGCCCACGAGGCAAAGUUGGUGGGGACGUUUCCAGAAUCACUCUCUUAUUUUGGAGUCCGGUCGCAAAAAACAACGAGUGAAAAGAAGAUCAUCUGUGUCGUGAAUCAGAACGGCUCUCAGGCAGAAUGCGAGCUGGGAAAUCCUUUUAGGAGAGACUCAGAGAUGACAUUUUACAUCAUCCUGAGUGCUGCCGCUAUAACCCUCGACACCAAACAGAUUGACAUAAGCCUCCAGCUGCUAACAACCAGUGUGCAGGAAAAUAUCGUUCCUGUGAAAGUCAAAGCUAAUGUGAUCAUUGAGCUGUCGCUGUCGCUCACUGGAAAGGCCAGACCACGCGAGGUUUCCUUUGGGGGUUCUGUAAAGGGUGAAAGUGCCAUGAAGACAGAAGAUGAGAUUGGCAGUUUGAUUACCUUUGAGUUCAGAAUAAGCAACUUGGGGAAGCCUUUGAAGUCCUUUGGAACAGCAUCACUAAACAUACAGUGGCCCAAAGAGACCCGAGAUGGAAAAUGGCUGCUAUACCUGGUGAGGGUCACAGUGACGGGCCUGGACGACGUGCCGUGUUCUCCUGAUUCAGAGAUCAACCCUCUCAAACACAUUCAGGAGUCACCUGUAUCCAGGACUACACGGGAAACCAGAGAAAGAAAAGCUGCUGGUGGCAAAAUGCCUUCACUCUCAGACCAAAGAAAGCACAAACUUUUGAUCUGUGGGAAUGGGUUUGAUGCCAAAUGUGUGGUGCUCAAGUGCCCCCUACAGGGACUGGACAGUACAGCAGUUAUUACACUGAGAUCUCGCCUGUGGAAUUCAACCUUUAUUGAGAAUUACGCCUCGCUCAGCUACGUUGACAUAUUUGUGAGAGCCUCACUCAUGCUGGAUGAUCCUGCUGAAAACAUGAUCCUGAGAAACGCUGCAACUGACGUGAGAGUGACGGUGUUUCCAGAUAAGGCUGUAUCGCAGUAUGGCGGCAUCCCGUGGUGGAUCAUUCUGGUGGCUGUUCUUGCAGGCAUCUUGAUGUUGGCGUUGUUGGUGUUUCUUCUCUGGAAGUGCGGCUUCUUCAAGAGACCACCAAAAGACCAGUACGAUGCAGCGUAUCACAAGGCAGAGAUCCAUGUUCAGCCCUCGGACAAAGACAAACUGUUCACCGAGACCUAAAGGCCAAGUUACACUUUCUGAAUGAUGCACAGUGUGAAUUCUUCCAAUGCUCAGCGUACGACAGCGUUCCUCGACACCACGCGGUGGGGGUUUAAAAACAAAAAUAAAAAGCAGCUCCUCGGUGUACAGAUGGAAACAUCAUCAAGCUGGAUCCUUUUGGAAAGAAGCAGCGCAUCUCAGCUCGGACUGAAAACGAGAACUACUCCUGAAACGUUUCACUGUCAAGAUGGUUUCAUAGACUAAAACAGCUUUUUUUGUUUAUAUGAAUCAACUGAACUGUUUACAACUUGUAAAAUUGGUAAACCCUAUGCUGAAGUUUUUUUUUUUAAUAAUCCUCAAUUAUUUGGGCCCAAAUCAUAUCUUUGCAUUUUUGUACAUACCGGUAACUACGUGCACACUGUAUAUUUAAUUUUAUUAUAAAAAAGUUUCAUAUGUCCAAAACUUUUUGUGCAGAAAAAAAAGCUUCAUAACUUUUAUAUUGUGUACAUUCUCUCACCAAAACUUUUGUAAAAACAAAUCAGCAUUUCUAAAAUCUACAGAAGGGAGGUACAAUCAGCUGAGUGUAACACUACUGUUUAUGCACAAAAACGUGGUGUAGUUUAACUCUCUUUGGAAGUAUUUAGGUACAUUAGUACGCAAAAACAAAGCAGCCAACAAGAUGUGAAGCUAAUGUAAAAUUUUGUCACCGUUUGUGGCGUUCAGGUAGCAUCCACUGUACUGUAGCUUAUCACUGACAGCCGCCGUCUUUCCACGUCAACGAUUCAGAGAAGAUGGCGAGAAGCAGCUGUAAUCACUUUUUUUAAAGCUGUAAUUCAAAGUGAAUGUUUUUGAUUUGUUAACGUUCAAAUAUAGUAUUAUGUCUGAAACACACCAGGUGUGUGGUGAGCGUGUUGCGUGCUGGUUUUCAGGUCAGCGGUCGUGUUAACAGGGUACAGCGGGUACACCGCCUUUACGAAAGGAGCAUCUCUGAAACAUUUUCUAUCACCACUGCUGCACAACUCGAGGUUCGGGCCAGUGUCAAUUUCAAGUGUCACACAUGGUGUGCAGCUAAAAGUACACAAAGAAAUUAUCUAAUUUUGACAUACCACCACAGACAUGUAAACAAUA